CGGAUAGACCACGGCUUGCAUUUGUUCCAACUCUCAGCCCUUUCCCAUAUUGUCAGGAUCGUUGGUCUACCCUAUUAUGCUUCUUUAAUUCCCUGUAUUCUGAUCUGUGAUAAAGGGAAUGCUAUGCGAUAUAAGAGCUCCAGAAUUAAUAGAUCCCAAUCGGCGUGUAUUGUGGAGAUAAUCCUCAUCGGUAUCGAAGCCUAUCAUACGGUUGAUAAUGAUUUGGGUCUCAUAUACGCGAGACAUGAAUUUCAACACUUUUACAAACUAUUGAAAAGUGUUGUCUUAAAACACGGCAUCGUUUUAGACUACAAACACAAACGCAAACUCGUGUUCACGGCUUGGGCUCUAAUAUUGCUAAACGUAUUCAACGCUGUCCUCGAAAUCAUUCUUCUGUAUCCGAUUGUCUUCGAAGAGAUCACCGAACAGUCAGAUCACGACAAGGCUCAAUGA